AUGUCAGACGACACCACCAUCGAGCCCACUCUUAUUGUAAAAAUAUCAUAUCGAGAACUUGCUGCAUUGGCAUCUUUCUUGGUUGCAGCGAUUGGAUCAUACUGUCAUUGGUUCACAUUCAUAUGUAUUUUACGUGGUUUCACACAGAGAACUCCGUUUUUUCUUUUCAUUGCAAGUCAAUCACUUGCUGAGGCUACUUUGCUGAGCUGCUUUGUGUUCUACUAUCCACCCAUGGUUUUGUAACAACAUUCUAGUAAUCUAAAUCAAAUGAAAGCAAAUUCGUACAUAAUGGGAACCAUACUUAUGAUUUCUCUGGACGUGACAAAUUCUUCACAUCUUAUAAUGGCUUUCAACCGACUUUGUGCUAUUUGUGCGCCCACAAAGUAUCCAAGAUACUUUAGCAAGAAAACGUCUUGGUUGCUUAUCUCUAUUAUUUGGAUCAUUCCCAUGGCAGAUCACGUCACUGUGGAAUUUAUUCUUGGAUGUACAUAUCAAUACAUCGACAAUGGUUGGGGAUUUAAGUUCAAACCUGCGAAGGAGUGCAGUUUCGUGGUAUAUAAUACCAUCAGGCAAUUCAUAAUAGUUGGUGUUAUUGGCUCUGUGGAUACAGUGACUCUAUUAAAGUUGCGUCUCACCUCAAAGCAGUUUUCUAGUGGACAAGCCCUGGCUAAACGAAAGGCAGAUAUACAUUUUUUCAAACAGGCAUUGCUUCAGUUCUUGAUCUGGAUAGUGGAGAUGAUUUGUUACUUCUUCAUCUCAGAAAUUUUCACUAAUGCCUUUAUCAGAUGGAUACUGAUGAAUUUAGCAUGGCUGAUCAUGCAUACUGCCGAUGGAGUUUCUGUGAUCGUCGCAAAUAAGGAGUUAAGAGAUCUCUUCCAAAGUCCCAUUAGUGGAUGUUUUAAAACGAAGACAUGCCCUCAGCGAACUGCUACUGUUGCCGUUUUCACAGUCAUCCCAAGAAGUCGUGCGAAAUGA